AUGAUCUAUAUCACUCCAUCAUGCAUUAUCAUUCAUCAUGACAAAUCUUUUUUCAUAUGCAUUUCUUUUCCAAGAAUCCAAGAGACCAGUUUGUUGACUAAGCGUCUGAGACGAAGCAUAACAUCCGAGAGAAAGAUCACUCAUAGUUACAAGUUUGUGGAGCCUCAUUUGAUUGUGUUGAAAGGAUUAGGGGCACAUCUAGUUCUCGGAAACAAAGAUGAAUUCAAGAAGUCUUAUGGCAAUCUCCUAGGAAUCUUGAACAAUGAAGUCAAUACCACUGUUGUGAACACUCUGGUGCAAUUCUAUGACUCUCCAUUGAGAUGCUUUACGUUCCAAUAUUAUCAGUUGGCACCCACAUUGGAAGAGUAUUCACAUAUUCUAGGUAUUGGGAUCAAGAACCGAGUGCCUUAUGUCUGCACUAAGGAACUCCCCAAGUACCAAGUCCUUGCUAAGGCCCUCCACAUAGGGAAGAAGGAAGUGGAGUUGAACCUGAAACCCAAGGGUGGAAUUAAUGGCUUCACCUCAAUUUUUCUCGUGGAUAAAGCUACUACCUUUGCUGAAGCUGAGAUUUUGAUGGCUUUCAAAGCCAUUCGAGCUCUACUAAUCAAUGGGAUCGUACUAUUUUCGAACAUGGAAGAAUUUAUGGAUCUGGCUGCUAUUCACAUCUCUUUGACUCAGAAUCCCAUUCCUACUCUUCCCUCUAAUACUUACUACUCCAUCCACGUGAGGACUCAAAAAAAGAAGGGAACCAUCGUCUGUUGUACCCCUUUGUUGUAUAGAUGGUUUAUUUCGCAUCUACCCAACAAAGGUCCUUUUAUUGAAAGCAAAGACAAUUUGAAGUGGUCCUAG